AUGACACAGCUCUCGUACAUCCAUCUUUUCAAGAUGUCAUCACUAAGUGACACUGGCCAUAUUCCCUUUCCUGCUCUUCUAGAGAGAAAAGGCUUCAUUGAGCUUGUGUUUGAGUACCUCCUGGACACAAGGAGCACAGAGGCCCUGCUGGUUCUGCGGACUGAAGAGGAAGCCUGGAAAUGGCUUAUAGCAAAAGCCGGUUUGUCAAGAGAAGAGGAAAUUGCCUUGCAUGAAGCUCUUAGUGAGAUCAUUGCAGAUCCUGAUAUAGAAGAUGAAUAUGACCUCCAAAAUGACCUUGAGGAGAAGAAAAGGUUUUUGGAUAUUUAUCCUCAGGUGAAACUGGAACUUGAGCGCCACAUUGGGAAGCUCCACACCCUUGCAGACAAGAUUGACAAGGUGCACAAGGACUGCACCAUCACACAAGUGGUGGCCAGCUCUGCCAGUAUUGUGUCUGGAGUCCUGACAAUCCUUGGCCUCACUCUGGCACCUGUGACAGCAGGAGUCAGUCUGGGACUUUCAGCCACAGGCUUGGGGCUUGGAGCGGCAGCAGCUGUGACCAGUGUUUCCACAGGCAUUGUGGAAAAGGUAAGCACAGUGUCAGCAGAAGCUGAAGCCAGCCAGCUAGUGCCAACCAACAAUGACACAAUGAAAGCCAUUAAAGAAGUUUUGGAGAAGGGCAUCUCUAGGCUCAUUUCCAUAUCUAAGAAUUCAUUCCGGAACUUGGAAGUCAUCAAGAAAAACAUCGAUGCCAUCAAGCUGGCCAAAGCCAACACUCACCUAGCUAAUAAUGCCAAGCGUCUCAUGACAACAGGGACAGUGUCAGCCCAAACAACAAGACAGGUGCAGAAAGCCUUUGGAGGCACUGCUCUGGCAAUGACCAAAACAGCCCGGAUCAUGGGUGCAGCUACCGCAGGCCUCUUCCUUGUGAGUGACGUGGUCAGCCUUGUGGAAGACUCAAAACAUUUGUACGAGGGUGCGAAGACAGAAUCUGCUGCAGAGCUGCGGAAGCAGGCUCAGGGCCUGGAGCAGAAGUUGCAGGAUCUCAUCCAGGUACAUGAAAUCCUGACUCAGUAAACUCUUCUUAGUGCAUCUCAGCAGACUGGGGAUGGAGGCUGUACUGGGCAGAGCCAUGGACACAUGAUAGCUCCUGACUGUAUGUCUUUAACAGCAAUGCCAUGAUGGUGGGAGUGCCUGCUAGAGGGAGAGGCCACAUUAGGAACCAGGAAUCCAGAACACAGGUAGGACAGGCUUGUGGCCUCUCACCACACUACACCUUUAGAUCCAACAACCUCCGACAUUCCACAUCCAGGUGCUGACUAAGCCACAGCAUGGCCACUCCUCUGUCAUGUCCCCACACUACUCCUAGCUAAGGCUGUGAGGACCAUCCUCACAGUCUUCAGAGCUAACAACUUUCUCACUGCUUUCUGGUUGUUUGUGUAGAGAAUAUCUCCCCCUUCCUAGUUCUACCUAAUUCUGUAUUUCCACAAGCAUUUCCUCAUCUUGAAAUCAGACUCUGGAUGUGAACCCCAUUUUUUGUUCACGGGUAGUGAUCGAAGCUUUUGGAGGAAUGCUCAGUUGCUAGAAAGGAAAGAGUUCGUGGAACUUCAUCUGCACAGACAUCACAGGUUCUUGUCCUAUGUGCCAGCCAUGGAUGAACGAGGAAGAAGAGGAUAUGGCUGGUGAGUUCUACUCUAUGCUACGAGUCUUUUGGGGUAAUCUCAAGGUUGAAUUCCUACUGAAGUUAAAAAUCUGCUGUAAUUGCAUGAGAUCUGCUGACACUCACAUAUUGCGGUAAAUAAGGAUCAGGAUAAACAAAUAGGCCGAAUAGCUGUUUAUUCAGGGAGAAAUAACUUACAACCUAGACAGAUGAACACCAGGAAAUUCAACCCGAUCCU